AAGGCUGCCUCUCAUUAGCAUGAAUCAGGGGAAGGGCAUAAAAGACUCCAGUUCAUUUUGAGUCUGGAAAAACUUUACCGCAAAAUGACAACCAAAGUGUUCUGGCUCCUCUGCUUUGUCAUUAGAUCAUCUUCCAGCUCAGUGGCCGAAUCCCUGUCCUAUGCCGAGAAACCCAGCCAGACUCUCAGCAAAGAUGCUUAUAGUUCAGCAGACGCUGCACCUGGCCAAAUCAAACUGCCAGCCUGGGGCACCGGCAGCGCCAGAGAGAACCACACGGAGCGCUGGCUUCUGUCUCCCGCCAACCUGCAGCGGCCAAAGCCUCCUGAAAUCAUCUCCCUCUUAUCAGACAAAAAGAAACGCACCAAGCCUUCUCUCGAAAACAGCACAGGGCUGAGGAAACACCUCUUGCAGUACGGAGGGGCCCUGCCUCUGGAGAGCUUGACUGAGGAGCCUUCUGCCUCCUUUGACUUUAAUCACGCAAACAGAAAGCAUGCGGACAGGCGGCUGGCUGAGGCUGCCAACAGCGUGUCGGCUCACUUCCAUCACGAAGCAUCUUCCUAUCACAAGCUGACGUCCGUAGUGGAGGCUUAUCCUUUUUCAGACUCUGGAGCGGUGGAGUCAGAUGAUCCUAACGCCCUGGAUCACUUCAACCGCCCAGGCAAGAUAAUCCUCUCUAAACGUACUGAUCCAUUGAAAAAGAUCACCAAACCCUCCUGGGUCACCAACCGCCAGUCAUCCAGCUUGCCAUACGACUUCGGUGUGCUGAAGAAAGAUGGCGAUAAGGAGAAGGCAUGUCUGAGCGAGUGCAGGAAAGAGAGGGACGAAGCGGAGGCCUACUGCGCGAGCGAGUUCGCAGUGAACGGAAUCGUUUAUAACACGGAAAGACUGGGGAAUGGUGUCCACUUGGUUACCCUUUUGGUAAACAGCGAUGGAUUAUACAAGAUGAGUCGCCUGUAUAUUACUCCUGAUGGCUUCUUCUUUCGAGUUCACAUUCUAGUUGUGGAUACUUUAAACUGCAGUAAACCGUGUCUAGACUUCAAACUUGGCAGUAGAUACAUAGUGAUGGGUCAGAUCUACCACAAGAGACGACAGAUCCCUGCAAACCUGCUGCGGUUCCUGCGAGGACGCCUGAGGCCAGGGGAUGGCUUGCUUAGAAGCAGCAGCAGCUACGUGAAGAGAUUCAACAGGAAGAGGAAUCACAAAGUGCAAGGUGCUCACACUAAAUGCAGAUAAGGCUCCAGUAAUCCCUGUUUAGGCCACAGGCAGCGGCAGAAUUCACCUACCAGAACAAACCUGGCCACGGCUUAGCAACAGGGGGAGGUAGUUCUCCUCACCUCUGAGGCUGGCCGUGAUAGGACACUUCUGUGCUUUAGCAAACACUUAGGUGAACAUUUUGAGUAGGUACCUGCAUAUUGCGAAGUUUAGCACAAAAGUCAGUCUAGGGAACGUUAACUGGUCAUGAAUUUGCUCCAGCUGUUUUCAGAGCCAGGGGUUAGCAUUGCCUCCCCUGCUGUAACGUACCCAUAAUAAUCUGUAGUAAUUGUACAGUAAAACUCCGAGGCGUUGCUCCAGGUAUGCAGGAGUAACUGCACUUUCAAUCCCUUAACUCUGAACAAGUGUUAGAUGAUACCACAGCUUUAUCUACGGAGCAUGUCCAUGGUGUUUUCACACAUUUCUGCAUAAAGUAUUACAUGCAUUUGAUACAAAAGAAACCAACACAACUAAGUAUCAUUUGUAUUGUUUUGGUAUCCUCAAACAUGUCCAUACUGCUUUUAAAAAUUACAUUAUUCUUCAAACAGAGCUGGAUUCUCACAAUAGGCAUACAAAACAGCUACGUAGUUAUUUGAGUAUAUGAAUACACUAUCUGAAAGCAAAUCAAGUAACCGCACAAUACAAAUGCCCCACCAGGUUUACAAAUAACGGCACAAGUUCAUGCCAGGAACACAAAACAAGCAUGCGACUGCACGCACAUUUUGUAUGCCUGGUUACACUGCAAUUCCUUAAAAGUUCAGUCCUACAACUGUGUACUGAGUGUCAUUUCCCCCCGAGAAAUGUUACCAAGUUGUACUUGCACAUCAGUAAAAUUAUUUUUUCAAUCAAG